CAAAAGACAAAAGCUGAAACAGCCAAUAGGCGCACGGCUUGUUUGGGAGUCCGACAUUUCUGGUGGGGCGUUGCAGAUAUUCAGGAAAUUAUUAUUUCUCCGUUUAUUUCUCAAAAUUCUUAUGUCGUCUGCGGUCCACGGUGCUUCGUAAAGGUCUUCCUCAUGUUGUAGGACAGUUGGCUUACCCAUCAGACACAGCAAUGAGGAAAAAGCCCAGUGCUAUGCUGCGUCCUAAACGUGGCAGGCAGGUCAGUUCCAGCUAUGACGGUGCUACAGGCCCGUCAACGUCACUGGGCUUCAGCGCCCCGGCAGCAAACUCCGAAUCAGCAUCACUGGUCAGACGCCUGACCAUGUCGCAGCACAGUCACAACCUCCUCAAGUUCUUGAAUGAGGACCGGACCCGGCAGAAGUUCUGCGAUGUGUCAGUGUCCGUGGGUGGGAAGGUCUACAGUGCCCACAAGGUGGUGCUGGCCCAUGGGAGCAGUUACUUCCACGCGGAGCUGUCCAAAAACCCGGCUGCGACAACACACGUGACUCUGGACCACGUGGAGGAUUCCGUCUUCCAGCACCUGCUUGGAUUCUUGUACACCGCCGAGUGCAUCGUUGCAGAGACGGACCUCCCGGCUCUGACAGAAGCGGCCCGAUUCCUGGACAUGAUGGAUAUAUUAAAGCUGUUAUGCGACGAAGGGGGUGUCCACCCUGUCAGUGGGAUCCGGGCCCCGGCUGAGACAAGUGGGUCUUCUGAGGUGGACAUGACCUCCAGUGACUCACCAGGAGCCGACCCAGACAUCCAGAGCCCACUUGACGUGAAGUGGACCCUGUUCACGCGCAGGUUUAGCACUGAAAACGUGGCUCAUGACGAGACUCACGCUGAUGUACAGGAAGGUUGGACUGAGGAGGGGAAUACAACAACUGAGAGGAGAACCGCCACACGGAGAUCAGCUCGGAGGAGGAGAACGCCCACUAAGUACGAGAGAGAUGAUGUGGAGUACUCUGUCACCAGCUGUGAAGAAACGCAAUCAGAGAGAGUGGAAGGAGCGGGAGAGGUGGUCGCGGAAAAAAACACGCCCGAACUGGAUGGGAAGGAGACAUCGAAACCAGCUCAGGGGGAUGAUACAGCGGAUGGAGACGAGCAGGGGGGCGAAGAAGGAGAAGUGGAGGAAGACACUGUUGCUCAGAAGAAAGCUGCUGAGGUUUUUGGAGCGGACAGGAGUGCAGGUCAGAAGGAGGCAGAUGUGGAGAAGGCAAAACAUCGGGCUGGUCGAAAGGGCGGAGUACAGCAGGCGGCAGGAAACUCUCAGAGUCCAGUGUAUCCUGAGGGUCUGGCUCCAGUCAUCAUCCAGAUCUCCAACAGGAGGACCCUCAAAUGUCCCAAAUGUGACAAGACCUUUGACCGUGCAGGGAAAUAUGAGAGCCACACCCGAGUGCACACGGGAGAGAAGCCAUUCCAGUGUGACAUCUGUCUUCAGCGCUACUCGACCAAGUCCAACCUGACCGUUCACAAGAAGAAGCACGACAGCAAUGCUCCCUUUCAGAAGAAGGAGCACAAGUGUCCCUUCUGCAACAAACUCCACGCCAGCAAGAAAACGCUGGCCAAGCACGUCAAGAGGUUUCAUCCAGACCACGUCCAAGAGUUUCUUACCAAGAAGAAGAGGAAGAGUGAAGGCUGGAAAUGUGCCGUUUGUUUGAAGACCUUCACCCGCAGGCCUCAUCUGCAGGAGCACAUGAUCCUGCACACCCAAGACCGGCCUUUCAAAUGCUCCUUCUGUGAUGAAUACUUCAAGUCAAGGUUUGCAAGGCUGAAGCACCAAGAAAAGUACCACUUAGGUCCUUUUCCCUGUGAGAUCUGUGGCCGUCAGUUUAAUGACACGGGCAACAGACGACGACACAUUGAAUGCACACAUGGAGGCAAAAGAAAAUGGACCUGCUUCGUUUGUGGGAAGUCAGUGAGAGAAAGGACGACCCUGAAGGAGCACUUGAGAAUCCACAGUGGAGAGAAGCCUCACCUCUGUAGCAUCUGUGGUCAAAGUUUCCGUCAUGGCAGCUCCUACAGGCUCCACCUCAGAGUCCACCAUGACGACAAGCGCUACGAGUGUGACGAAUGUGGGAAGACCUUCAUACGCCACGAUCACCUGACCAAACAUCAGAAAAUACACUCUGAUGAGAAAGCACACCAAUGUGAAGAAUGUGGCAAGUGCUUCAGGCGCCACGAUCAUCUGACCGUCCACUACAAAACUGUUCAUUUGGGAGAGAAAGUUAGACAGAAGUAUAAAACAGCCGUUCAUCAGUGUGAGGUGUGCAAGAAAGAAUUCAAAGGAAAGUCCAGUCUAGAAAUGCACUUCAGGACUCACUCAGGUGAGAAACCACACAAAUGCCCAGAGUGCAAUCAGAGCUUCCGGAUCAAGAAGACCUUAACAAAGCACAUGGUGAUUCACUCGGACGCGCGUCCUUUUAACUGCCCCCACUGCAGCGCCACCUUUAAAAGAAAGGACAAGCUCAAGUAUCACGUCGACCACGUGCACAGCGCCCGGUUUGCUGAGCCGCCCCUCGGCGAGGACAAAAUGGUCUCCAGCACGCCGCCGCCUCCUGCGAACGUCUGCGUACCUUGUGGCCCUGUCAGUGACUUGAACACUCACAGCACCGUUAGCAUGCAGGCUCAAAGACAGCAGCAGAACUCUGGCUACCAGGCCCCCACAGACCUGGCCUUCUUUGAGAAGUACACCCUCGCCAAUCAGCCUGCCAACAUCGUCCAUCCUUUGAGGCCGGACCAGAUGCUAGACCCCCGAGAGCAGUCCUACCUGGGCACGCUGCUGGGGCUGGAUUCAGGUUCUACUGUGCAAAACAUCUCCAGUUCUGAUCACACUCACUGACGCUGCUCAGCCAAAAACUGGGCCCAACUAACUUAACAAAGAAAUUCACUAGGAACAACAGAAGCACUAUAUCAAAGUCCGACUUCAAGUCUGACUCAAGAGUUUGCAUGUUCUCUCUGUGUCUGCGUGGGUACACUCCAGGUACUCUGGAUUCCUCCCACCAUCCAACGACAUGCCCGCUAGGUUCACUCGUGAUUCUAAAUUGACCGUAGGUGUGAGUGUGAAUGGUUGUAUGUCUCUUUGUGAGCCCUGAGAUAGACCUGUCCAGGAUGUACCCUGAUACGAGAAGCACUAUAUCCACAUUUCAAGAUGGAGAGUAAUUACUGACCUCCGUGUAAAACCAAGGAAAACUAAAAAAAGAAAAAAGUACUUGAUUAAUUUUGCCAUCCCACAGGAAGUCCACAGGCAUUUUUCACCAGUAUGAAUUUAUGUAAUGUUUGAAGAAAAAGAAAUAAAGGUGGAGUCAUUCCUGAGUCAUUCUUGACCCAUCAAAUAAUAUGAGUAACACAGGGGGUAGGUUAGCAAGCUGUAGCUGGAGUUGACGCAGGAAACCUAACAUGCAGAGAGGAUGAGCUGGUUAGAGCAAAUCUCACCGACUCUCCUGCUGAUGGAUGCCUGGAAUAGUGCAACAAUAUUUGGCUUCACUCACCAUGUGAAUCGAGUUUCUAUCAUUUUAUAUCUGUGUCUUUGUUGUCAUUGAUACAGCUUUUAAUAGAUGAAAUCUUAAACUUGGUCGGUUUAAUUAAUAGACUAUUGCUUCUCUUUCUUCUUCUGAUGCUUUAUGAUGCAUCAUCGCUACCUUGAACUUGACAAGUUCUUUCUUCUUGUUGCUUAAUUAAUCAAUGUCCAAUCGAUGCUGAACAGAAUACAGUACAGAUACUGGUACCAGGUCUAAAAAAUAGCUUGUUUCAAUAAAUGUCUGUGUCUUUUGAAA